AUCAACCUUUCGAGGUAACUUGCUGAGUUAAGUCUUACUACCGUAGCAAAUCCAAAACUACUUGAAAUCCAAAAUGGAUCGUUGGGUCGACAAAGUUGCUCUAGUCACCGGUGCUAGCUCUGGAAUUGGCAAAGCCAUCGUCGAGGAAUUAGUCCGCAAGGGAAUGAGAGUCGUCGCCAUGGCUCGUCGCAUUGACAAAAUCAAGGCGUAUGCCGAGGAGUUAAAGCACCACCCAGGAAAGCUCCACCCGCUGCAGUGCGACCUGACCAAGAAGGAUCAGGUGAUGCAGACAAUGCAAUGGAUAGAGAAGAACAUGGGACAUAUCGACGUCUUGGUGAACAACGCCGGGAUUGACACUCACACCUCUUUUCUGAACGGGACAAUGGAAGACUGGGAGAAGACAUUCCAAGUAAACAUCCUGGGGUUAGUAGCAAUGACAACCGAAUUCCUAAUGAUGAAGAAGAAGCAAGGCUUGAUGGACCGCGGUCACAUCUUCAACAUCAACGACUUCCGAUGCUUCACCCGCCACACCACCAUGGAGAACAGGAUGUCUGCUCCGUAUAUGGCUACCAAAUGGGCUAUGCGUGGAAUCACGGACAUACUUCGUACGGAACUCAAGGAACUCGAAUCAAAGAUCAAAGUUACCAAUAUUUGUCCGGGCAUGGUCCACACCGAAAUGACAGUGAAGGACAUAAAGGAACACGGUUACGCUGCUCUGGAACCCUGUGACGUCGCGGACUCCAUCAUCGUCGCAUUGUGUACUCGUGACACCGUCCUUAUCCGAGACAUGAUCGUAUGUCCUUCUCGCGAUCUCUACUAGAGAGCCAAGAGGACCUCAAUAUCGCAGAUCGCUGACCGGUCUUUGUAUACUCACUUCCAAAUUUUCAAAUAUGUCGCUCGCUGUAAUUGUAUGUUUUCGCAAUUGAUAUAAUAAAUUGAAGUCUUCGGAUCUGAGC